AUGUUGACUGAUUAUACCAAUAUGCCUUUAUGGGCUGAAUUUCUCCCUCUAUGUGGAAUUUUGAUACUCGGCCCUAUACUUCUGCUUUAUGUUCUCCAAUUUAAAUCAUCCAGCUUCCCCCUCAUCAACCCCAAGAGGCCAUUCGAAUUCAACGCCGUCAGAGCAAAGAAAAUAUUUCUCAGCGAUGGACACAACUUGAUCAAGAGUGGUCUAUCAAAGUCUAGCAUCUUUCGCCUUUUCGGCGACAAUGGAUAUAGAACUGUCUUGUCACCUAAGUACGCAGACGAGAUUCGAAGCCAUCCAGCCCUAAGCUUCAGUAAUGCUAUUCGCCAGGAGUUCCACGGCAAUAUCAAGGGGUUCGAACCAUUUAAGCAAUUCUCUGUGGGAAAUGAGGUCUUUCAAGAUGCGGUACGCAUGAAGCUUACACAGGCACUUGAAUGGCACGAAUUUCCUAUCAAGGCCAGCAUCCUCAAGCUCGUGGCCCAGCUGUCCUCCAGGGUUUUUCUGGGAGACCAAAUCUGCCACAACCUAGCCUGGCUCCGAGUCACCGUCGACUACACGGUCCACUCCGUGCGUGCAGCCGAGGACUUACGGCUCUGGCCCAGUAUCAUGCGGACCCUGGUAGCGCCGUUCCUGACUUCAUGUCGCAGAAUGAAAUACGACUUUGACGAGGCGCGGAAAAUCAUCAUCCCCAUUCUGGAAGAGAGACGGAAACGGCAAGAGGCUGCGCUGCGCGAUGGCAAACCUCCCAAGCGCAAUAAUGAUGCCAUGGACUGGAUGGAGGAGAUCGCCAAGGGCCGACCAUAUGACCCGGUUGCCAUUCAGCUGACCUUUUCUGUGGCUGCGAUUCAUACCACCUCCGAUAUGAUGACCCAGGCGUUGUAUGAUCUCUGUGGGAGAGAUGAGCUGGUAAAUGCGCUCAGAGAGGAGAUUGUAUCGGUGAUCCAGGCUGAAGGGUGGAAGAAGACGGCGUUGUAUAAGCUCCAGCUGAUGGAUAGCUUUUUGAAAGAGUCUCAGCGACUGAAACCGAUUAAUAUUGUAUCCAUGCGACGCCUUGCAUCGGAGCCCAUUCAGCUUAGCGACGGAAACAAGAUCCCCAAGGGCACCUCGCUGAUGGUAUCGGGCGACUGGAUGUGGGAUCCAACAUUUUACGAGAACCCGGACACAUUUGAUGCCUACCGGUUCUUAAAGCUGCGUCAAACCCCCGGCCGCGAAACUUCCUCUCAUCUGGUCUCGCCGUCGCCCGAGCAUCUGGGAUUUGGUCUGGGGAAACACGCUUGUCCGGGACGAUUCUUUGCUGCCAAUGAAAUCAAAAUUGCCCUGUGUCACAUCCUGCUCAAAUAUGACUUGAAGCUCCCAGAAAACUGUGUUCCUCAGCACCGAAAGUACGGUCUUGCGCUCCAGGCUGAUCCAGAGGCAAAGAUCAUGGUCCGCCGUCGCCGCGAGGAAAUCAAUCUGGGCAACACCGACCUCUAA